AAUCCAAUUUUUUUCACUUCACAAAGUCACCAUUUCUCCUUUUUCACUGGGCGCGCGGCUUCCUUCCCGAGUAAGGAUUUCCGCGGUGGCGGAGGCCGCUGGAGAAAGGGUGAGAGACACAUCCCCGCUUGCAGCACCUGUCGCAGGUGCGCGUGGGUCACGUGGCUCUGCCGUCGGUCUUUGGGAGCCGCGCCAGCUUCCUUCCUUUUAGGCGUUUCUCCGCUUGCGCGACCGGACCAGAUUAGGGAAUGCGGAUAGAGUUGGCCGUGGCUCGUUAGUUCUCGGGGAAAACAAAACAAAACAAAACAAAAAGAACCCUGAAGGAGGGAGAGGUAUUCAGGCCGCCUUCCAUUAAGACGGUGGCGAUUCGGCGGACCGAAGAUGAGCAAGAUCCAGAAGUUUUUCAAGGGCGGCGGAUCCGGCUACUCCAAGGGGAAGGGGAAAGGGGGCCCCACCCCGCAGGAGGCUUUAGCGCGGCUGCGGGAGACGGAAGAAAUGCUGAUCAAGAAACAGGAAUACCUGGAAGCCAGGGUCGCCAAGGAAUUGGCCCUGGCUAAGAAGUACGGCACCCGAGACAAGCGAGCUGCACUGCAGGCACUGAAAAGAAAAAAGAGGUAUGAAAAACAGUUGACCCAAAUUGACGGGACUCUUUCCACUAUUGAAUUCCAGCGUGAGGCUCUUGAAAAUUCCUACACAAAUACAGAAGUGUUCAAGAAUAUGGGCUAUGCUGCUCAGGCCAUGAAAAAAGUACAUGAAAACAUGGACUUGGACAAAAUUGAUGACAUGAUGCAAGAUAUCACUGAGCAACAAGAUAUUGCCCAAGAAAUCACAGAGGCUCUCACAAGAAGAGUUGGUGAUGACUUUGAUGAGGAUGAACUGUUGGCAGAAUUAGAAGAACUGGAGCAAGAGGAGCUCAAUAAUAAGAUGAAAAAUGUUCAUUUACCAAGUGUCCCAGCUACCCCAUUGCCUUCUCAUCCUGCAUCCUCAAAGAAGAGGGUGGAAGAUGAUGAAGAUAUGCAGCAACUGGCAGCAUGGGCAUCUUAACAGUAGUUUCUCACUGGCUUCAAGGGAAUACUACGGGAAUAUCAUGGAAGGACUUCAUGGAAUAAUGCUUAUGUUUUAUACAGAGUGUAGCUGUGUGGAAUUUUGACCCAAAUUGGUCUUUGGUGGAAUAUAUGUAUAUAUUUUA